CAAGCUGUCACGUUUGCCACUUCCUGGUCUGAUUUCUGCGGGUAUACAUAGCCGCACAAAAUAUGGCUCAUCAACUAAUAUUUACCUUUGCAAGGUACAUUAUUGAGACGCGAUAAUAGGCGUCUUGGAUCGUAGGUUGAGAGCAGAGAGCCUUGCGGUAGUUGUGGCGCACUGCUGCACUACGCACUGCUCGCUCUCCGCGUGCUAAAGUCAGUUAGCUCAUAAUUGUAAAUAUUAGCAAGCCAGGCCAGAUUUCUGCCUGUGAAUUGCAAAAAUGGCAACCAUGGAGAAACUAAUGAAGGCCUUCGAGUCGCUUAAGUCAUUCCAGCAGCAGCAGGGACCACCGACCGCCGAGGAGCUUGUUCAGAGACAGAAAAAGGAGCAGGCCACAACAAAAAAAGACAGAGUUACACACUGCUUGACAAUAUGUGAAAACAUCGUGGCACAGUCACUCAGAACAUCUCCUGAAUUCCAAAAAUUGCUGGGCAUCGCCAUGGAAAUGUUCCUUCUCUGCAGUGACGAUAGCGAAUCUGAUGUCCGAAUGGUCGCCGAUGAGUGCCUGAACAAAAUAAUCAAAGCACUGAUGGACUCUAAUCUGCCCCGACUGCAGCUAGAGCUGUACAAAGAAAUUAAAAAGAAUGGUGCCUCUCGAAGUUUCAGAGCAGCAUUGUGGAGGUUUGCUGAGCUCGCUCACCUCAUUAGACCUCAGAAAUGCAGACCCUAUUUGGUCAACCUUUUGCCGUGCCUCACGAGAAUCACCAAGCGGCAGGAAGAGACUGUGCAGGAGACAUUGGCUUCAGGCAUACCUAAGAUCAUGGCCUCCUUGGGACAUUUUGCUAAUGAUGGCGAGAUCAAGGUCCUGUUGAAGUCAUUUGUUGCCAACCUGAAGUCCAGCUCCCCCACCAUCAGAAGAACAGCCGCCAGCUCGGCCGUGAGCGUGUGCCAACACUCAAGGCGCGCCAGUUACUUUUACACAUGGCUCCUUAAUGUGCUGCUGGGUCUGGUGGUUCCAGUUGAUGAGGAACAUCUCAGCCAUCUCAUCCUCGGGGUGCUUUUAACCCUGCGCUACCUGAUGCCUCUGCUGCAGCAACAGGUCAACACCACAAGCCUCAAAGGAAGCUUUGGAGUCAUGAAGAAGGAGGCGGAUGUGCAGCCUACACCAGAGCAGCUGCUGCAGGUGUAUGAGCUGACUUUAUACUACACCCAACACUGGGACCACAAUGUGGUGACUGCGUCUCUAGAGCUUCUGCAGCAAAUGUUCAGGACUCCACCACCAGAGCUUUUGCAUCUGCUCAUUAACGUAGGCACCAUUCCACAUGCUACGGUGUUUCGUCAGGAUACUGAAAAUCGCUCGCGGUCUGGCAGCAUCCUGGAGUUCAUAGCAGGAGGGUCUUCCUGCAGUCCACUCCUCCUUAGGAAGCAGAGAGGUAAAAUGCUUUCAGGGGAAGAGGACGGACUGGAAGAUGAUUCUGAAAAGACAGAGGUCACCACUGGCUCUUUUACAGCAUCUGUUGUCGGCGCCGAUAUCUCCUCGGCAACCCAGGUGGACAUCAUCACUGAACAGCCGCGCUCCUCCCAGCAUACCUUGCAGCCUGGGGACUCUGUGGACUUGAGCACCUCUUCUGAGCAAGGUGGAGGUGGCGGCGGGACAUCUGCCGCAGAUACUCCAGAGUCACCCACUGAAAUUGAGGAGGAAAUGCUGAGUCGGAGCUCAAGCGGUGGUGCUAAUGCUACGCCGGAGACGGCUGACUAUACUACACCAGAGAAUGCCACACCGGAUGGUGGGCCCUUAAUUGAAGGCGGCUCACUUCUAAGCACCAAUGACAGCUCACUCCCGCCCAGUGACUCCUCUCAGACGACCACCGAAGGACCGGACUCCGCUGUGACCCCUUCAGAUGUUGCAGAGCUGGUGCUGGAUGGCAGUGAGAACCAGUACUCGGGGAUGCAGAUCGGAACUCUGCAGGAUGAGGAAGAUGAAGGGACAGCACCUUCAGCCCAAGAGGAAAUCGCUUUUCUCCCAUCGGCACUGGCUCUGAGCAAACCGCAUCUCUUCGACAUAAGAGGUCACAAUCGGCAGGGCUCCGACUGCAGCGUGGACCGCUUUAUACCAAAGGAGGAACCCGCUGAAAUCGAACCUGACAGCAAGCCAUCAAGUAUAAAUGGUCCAAUCGGACAUUAUACAGACCAGGGUGCGGAGCCACUCGUGCAUUGUGUCAGACUUCUUGCUGCUUCCUUCCUAUUGACGGGACAAAAGAAUGGUGUGAUCCCUGACAAGGAGGUACGAGUGAGUGUGAAGGCCCUGGCGGUCAGUUGUAUAGGAGCAGCUGGGGCACUGCUUCCUGAAGCAUUCUUUAAUUCCCUCUAUCUGGAGCCGCUGGACGGCAUUCCAGCGAAAGAGCAGCAGUAUGUCAGUGAUGUGCUGGACCUAAUUCACCAUGGAGACCCACAGAUUCGGGGUGCCACAGCCAUCCUCUGUGCAGCAAUUAUUCAGGCCGCACUCACUAAAACCCGUUACACCAUACACACCUGGCUGGCCAGUGUACAGAGUGCGACAGGUAACCCUUUGUCCCUGGUGGACUUGGUGCCUUUGCUAAGAAAAUCUCUGAAAGAUGAAUCUUCCGUAACCUGCAAAAUGGCUUGCUUUGCAGUCAGGCACUGCAUCAUGACCAUAUGCAACAGUACACUAAGCGAUCUGGGCCUGCAGUUGAUGAUCGACUUACUGGCCCUGACAGACUCAUCUUACUGGCUUGUCCGCACUGAACUGCUGGACACCCUGGCUGAGAUGGAUUUUCGGUUAGUCAACUUCCUAGAAAGGAAAACUGAAACAUUGCAUAAAGGCGAUCAUCACUACACUGGGCGUCUUCGACUGCAGGACCGGGUUCUAAAAGUAGUCAUUCGUCUCUUGGGUGAUGAUGACCCGAGAGUCCGCCAUGUAGCAGCUUCAGUUGUCAGCAGGCUCGUAUCGAGAUUGUUUUAUGACUGUGACCAAGGCCAAACAGACCCUGUUGUCGCUAUUGCCCGAGACCAGAGUUCAGUUUACCUGCAGCUGCUGAUGCACGAGGCACAACCCCCCUCUCAAUUUACAGUGAGCACCAUCACAAGAACCUAUCGGGGUUUCAACUUAUCAAACACGGUGUCUGACAUCACAGUGGAAAACAACUUGUCUCGAAUCGUCACCGCUAUCUCCCAUGCUUUCAAUUCCUCUACCUCAAGGGCCCUGACUUUUGGCUGCUGUGAGGCACUGUGUCUCUUGGCUUCAAAAUUCCCGGUGUGCACAUGGAGCACAGGCUGGCACUGUGGCUACGUCAACACCAUGAGUUCAGUUUCAUCUCGAGCCGGUGUCACCCGCAGCAGAGGCAGGGCUUCAAGCCUGUCCCAAUCGAGCAGUACUCCAAACUCCAACCCAAACUCCUCUGCACCUGAUGUGGAGCAAAGGACUCUUACAGUGGGAAUGGCCAACAUGGUGCUUUCCUUGCUGUCAUCUGCGUGGUUCCCACUUGACCUCUCUGCACACCAGGAUGCCUUGUUGCUCGCUGGCAACCUGCUUGCUGCGGUGGCUCCUAAAUGCAUGCGCAACCCGUGGGCUGGAGAGGAAGAAGGUGGCAGCAGCAGCUCUUUUCCUAGUGGAGGCCCAAAUAAGAUGGAAGAACCCUGGGCCUCAUUGUCAGAGCGCACCCUGGUGUCAAUGGUGGACCAGCUUUUUUUCCACCUCCUGAAAGUUCUCAACAUCUGUGCCCAUGUGCUGGAUGACACUCCUCCGGGACCAGCAGUUAAGGCCACACUGCCUUCCCUAACCAACACACCCUCACUCAGUCCCAUUCGCAGAAAGGGCAAAGAGAAGGAGAUUGCUGAUCCCAAUGCUGUCCCUUUGAGCCCAAAGAAAAGCAAUGAAAUCAAUGCAGGCAGAGUUGCUGACAGCACAAGUGGAACAGCAGUAAACAAGUCUAACACUCUUGGCAACUUCUACCACCUGCCACCCUACCUCAAGCUCUAUGAUGUCCUCAAAGCAACUCAUGCCAACUAUAAGGUGACAUUGGACCUUCACAGUAGCCACGAGAAGUUUGGCGGUUUCCUUCGUGCUGCCUUAGAUGUUCUCUCUCAGCUGCUUGAGCUUGCCACACUCCAUGACAUCAGCAAAUGUGUGGAAGAAAUUUUGGGCUAUCUCAAGUCCUGCUUCACACGAGAACCUACCAUGGCUACAGUUUGUGUUCAGCAGUUGUUAAAGACACUGUUUGGAACAAACUUGGCCUCCCAGUAUGAGGGUGUCCUGAGCGGACCCAGCCGUGCCCAGGGCAAGGUGCUCCGCCUUGGCUCGUCGAGCCUGAGGCCGGGCCUGUACCACUACUGCUUCAUGGCACCUUAUACACACUUCACACAGGCUCUGGCUGAUGCCAGUCUCCGUAACAUGGUGCAGGCUGAGCAAGAGCAGGAUACCUCUGGAUGGUUUGAUGUGAUGCAGAAAGCGUCAAACCAGCUGAGGUCCAACAUUGCAAAUGCAACACGCCACAGAAGUGACAAGAAUACCAUCCACAACCACAUCCGUCUCUUUGAACCACUUGUGAUAAAAGCUUUGAAGCAGUACACAACCAGCACCUCCGUGGCACUACAGAGACAAGUUCUGGACCUUCUGGCCCAACUUGUGCAGCUCAGAGUGAACUACUGCCUUCUUGAUUCUGAUCAGGUGUUCAUAGGGUUUGUCCUGAAACAGUUUGAAUAUAUUGAAGUGGGACAGUUUAGAGAUUCAGAAGCAGUCAUACCCAACAUCUUUUUCUUCCUGGUGCUGCUGUCUUAUGAACGUUACCAUUCCAAGCAGAUCAUCAGUAUCCCCAAAAUCAUCCAACUGUGUGACGGCAUCAUGGCCAGCGGUAGGAAAGCUGUCACGCAUGCUAUCCCUGCCUUGCAGCCAAUAGUUCAUGACCUCUUUGUCUUGAGGGGCUCCAACAAGGCAGAUGCAGGCAAAGAGUUGGAUACGCAGAAAGAAGUGGUGGUUUCUAUGCUGCUCAGACUUGUUCAGUACCACCAGGUUUUGGAGAUGUUCAUCCUGGUUCUGCAGCAGUGUCACAAAGAAAAUGAGGACAAGUGGAAGAGGUUGUCCCGACAGAUUGCAGAUGUCAUCCUUCCUAUGAUUGCGAAGCAGCAGAUGCAUUUGGAUUCUCCUGAGGCUUUGGGCGUUUUGAACACCCUUUUUGAGAGCGUCGCACCUUCCUCUCUUAGGCCUGUGGAUAUGCUGCUCAAGAGCAUGUUUGUCGUCCCGGCUACCAUGGCAUCAGUGACUACAGUCCAACUUUGGGUCUCUGGUAUCUUGGCAGUGCUCAGGGUACUUGUGUCUCAGUCAACUGAGGACAUUGUGUUAUCGCGAGUGCACGAGCUCUCACUUUCCCCGCAUCUUCUUUCCUGCGACACGAUCCGUCGCCUCUGUCAACAAAGCACCUCUCCAAGUGCCCCUCCCACUUUGGAUUCAUUAGCGAGUCAAGAACUUAGCGGUGAUUCACCUAAAGCACUGCCUGAGGAAACGUUUGCCAGAUUCUUGCUCCAAAUGGUUGGGGUGCUGCUGGAUGAAAUUUCCUGCAAACAAAUUAAAGUGGACAUUACAGAGCAGCAACACACUUUCUAUUGCCAGCAGCUGGGUACACUGCUCAUGUGUUUAAUACACAUUUUCAAAAGUGGUAUGUUUCGUAGGAUCACAGCUGCAGCUGGCCUCCUCCUCAAAGACGAGGGUGCAAGUAGCCAGAAUGAUUCGGAAGCUAGCCUUUACUACCAUUUAGAGAACCUGAACGCCAUGGUGCAGGGUUUGAUCACCACCCACCCAUCCCUGGUGCUGCUCUGGUGCCAAGUCCUCCUCCUCGUCAACUACACAAACUACUCCUGGUGGGCUGCAGUUCACCAAACACCAAGGAGACACAGCAGAUCAUGUACGAAACUGCUCAGCCCUCACUCCUCAGGAGAAGGUGAUGAGGAGAAUCCUGUGUCCAUGUUUGCCAUGAUCAACAGAGAGAUUGUUCGCAGGGGAGCCCUCAUCCUUUUCUGUGAUUAUGUGUGUCAAAACCUCCAUGACUCAGAGCACCUAACUUGGCUGAUAGUUAACCAUGUGAGUGACCUCAUCAGCCUUUCCCAUGAGCCACCCGUUCAGGAUUUCAUCAGUGCUGUGCACCGAAAUUCAGCUGCCAGCGGUCUCUUCAUCCAAGCUAUUCAGUCACGCUGUGACAACCUGACCAAUCCUACCAUGCUAAAGAAGACUUUGCAGUGUUUAGAAGGCAUUCACCUGAGCCAAUCUGGCUCCCUGUUGAUGUUGUAUGUGGACAAGCUACUGAGCACACCUUUUAGGGUUUUGGCUCGUAUGGUGGACACGUUGGCAUGUCGCAGGGUGGAGAUGCUGUUGGCAGAAACGUUACAGAACAGUAUAGCCCAGCUGCCUGUGGAGGAACUGGACAGAAUCCAGGAAUACCUCCAGAUCAGUAGCCUGGCUCAGAGGCAUCAGAGGUUUUACUCCCUGCUGGACAGGUUUCGAGCCACUGUUGCUAAAACUAGUAGCCCGGCGCCUCCAGUGACAUCUCACCCCUUAGAUGGCCGGCCACCCCCUGCCCCUGAACUGGUCAAUGCAGAUAAGGAGUGGUAUGUGACCCUGGUGAAGUCUCAGUGUUUUCUCCGUGGAGAUGUGUCUCUGUUGGAGACAACUGAACUCCUUACCAAGCUACCUGCCCCUGAGCUUCUCAGCAUUAUGAGAAGUGACACGUUCAACCUGAGUCUGCUGUGUCCUUGCCUGAGCAUGGGUGUUCAGCGGCUAACACGAGGGCAGGGCCCGCUCUUGCUGGAGACGGCGUUGCAGGUGACCUUGGAGCAAGUUGCUGGGAUUACACAGUCUCUUCCUACCCCACACCGGUCCUUUUUACCAACUUCUGAGCCACAGUCUUACUGGACCCAACUAGCUGAUGUGUACGAUGAGCCAGGUUUUUACCGCAAGGUUUUAGCCCUCUGUAGAGCUCUCUCCCAGUACCUCCUCUGUGUAAACCAGCUACCAUCCUCAUUACGCAUUCUCUCUGACAAAGAAGACCUCAUAACUACUUUCACCUGCACCGCCGCUGAGGUUAUAGUCUGGCGACUGCUCCAGGAUCAGCUCCCUCUGAGUGUGGACUUGCAGUGGGCUUUGGCUUGUCUGUGCCUGGCCCUGCAGCAGACUUGCAUCUGGAACAAAUUGUCCACCGCAGAGUACACGACACACACGUGUUCCCUCAUCUACUGCUUACGUCUCAUUAUGGUCGCCGUUGCCGUGAGCCCUGGAGACCAACUUCUGCUCCCAGAGAAGAAGAAAAAGUUAGCCAGAGAUGCUGAAGGAGAUGAAGUGGAUGCCAUACACACAAAAUAUAAGUGUGAGUGGCAAGCUUGUGAGAUCAUGGCAGAACUGGUGGAAGGCUUGCAGAGCAUUCUUUCAUUAGGGCAUCACAAAAACAGUGCAAUCCCUGCUUUCCUGACUCCAACCUUGCGCAACAUUGUGAUCAGUAUUGCCCGACUGCCACUGGUGAACAGUUUCACUCGGGUUCCUCCACUGGUUUGGAAACUAGGCUGGUCCCCACAGCCUGGGGGGGAGUUUGGUACAGCAUUGCCUGAGAUUCCUGUAGACUUUCUGCAGGAGAAGGAUGUUUUCAGAGAGUUCCUGUACCGCAUAAACAUUCUUGGCUGGAGUAGCAGGACUCAGUUUGAGGAGACUUGGGCCACUUUGCUGGGCGUGCUGGUCACCCAGCCAAUCACAAUGGACCAGGAGGAGGACACACAGCAAGAGGAAGAUUUAGAGCGUACGCAGUUGAAUGUGUUGGCAGUGCAAGCCAUCACCAGCCUGGUGCUGGGUGCCAUGAUGCUGCCCACUGCUGGCAACCCUGCCGUCAGCUGUCUCGAACAGCAGCCUCGCAAUAAGAGCCUCAAGGCCCUGGAGACACGGUUUGGAAGGAAACUGGCAGUGAUCCGGGGUGAGGUUGAGAGAGAAAUACAAGCACUUGUGUCCAAGAGAGACAACGUUCACACACACCAUUCCUACCAUGCCUGGGACCCUGUGCCCUCUUUGUCUGCAGCCUCAGCAGCAGGGAUGCUAAUCAGUCAUGAAAAGUUGCUACUGCAGAUCAACACAGAGCGUGAGAUGGGAAACAUGGACUAUAAAUUGGGACAGGUGUCCAUUCAUUCGGUGUGGUUAGGAAAUAAUAUCACCCCAUUGCGGGAGGAAGAAUGGGGUGAAGAUGAGGAGGAUGAAGCAGAUACACCAGCGCCCACCUCCCCACCUGUAUCGCCAAUUAACUCUCGAAAACAUCGUGCAGGGGUGGACAUUCACUCAUGUUCCCAGUUUCUCCUGGAGCUCUACAGCCAGUGGCUUAUCCCAAGCUCUGCAAGUAACCGGAAAACACCAACCAUCCUCGUCAGUGAAGUGGUCCGAUCGCUGCUGGCAGUGUCAGACCUGUUUACCGAGAGGAACCAGUUUGACAUGAUGUUCUCCACCCUUAUGGAGCUGCAGAAGCUUCACCCACCAGAGGAUGAGAUCCUUAAUCAAUACUUGGUGCCUGCUAUAUGCAAGGCAGCUGCAGUGUUGGGCAUGGACAAAGCGAUUGCCGAACCAGUGUGUCGCUUGUUAGAGACAACCCUCCGCAGCACACACCUUCCCAGCCGCAUGGGUGCUCUUCACGGGGUGCUCUAUGUCCUGGAGUGUGACCUUCUUGACGAUACGGCAAAGCAGCUGAUUCCAACCAUCUCAGAGUACCUGCUGUCCAACCUAAGGGCUAUUGCUCACUGUGUGAACCUGCACAACCAACAGCAUGUCCUAGUGAUAUGUGCUGUGGCCUUCUACAUGAUGGAGAACUACCCUCUUGAUGUAGGAUCUGAGUUUAUGGCUGCAGUUAUCCAGGUGUGCGGUGUGAUGGUGUCAGCCAGCGAGGACUCCACCCCCUCAGUAAUCUAUCACUGUGUGCUCCGGGGUCUGGAGCGCCUCUUGCUGUCUGAGCAGCUGUCUCGUGUGGAUGGUGAGGCACUGGUCAAGCUGAGCGUCGACAGAGUGAACAUGCCGUCACCUCACAGAGCCAUGGCUGCCCUGGGCCUCAUGCUCACCUGCAUGUACACUGCGGUGCUUGCGUCCCGUUCAGAAGUCUCAGGGGUUAGAGGUCAGGUUGACUCUGGCUCUGCUGUAGCGGAUGUGGUGGGGGUCACGGCGGGUCAUGUUGGUUUCUCCUCAGGCAAGGAGAAAGCCAGCCCCGCCAGUCGCCCCGCACACUCGGACCCUCAGGCCCCAGACAGCGAGUCGAUCAUUGUUGCCAUGGAGAGGGUCUCUGUGCUCUUUGACAGGAUCCGUAAAGGUUUGCCCAGUGAGGCUCGGGUAGUGUCAAGGAUUCUUCCACAGUUCCUAGAUGAUUUUUUUCCACCUCAAGAUGUCAUGAACAAGGUCAUUGGAGAGUUCCUGUCCAACCAGCAACCCUAUCCGCAAUUCAUGGCCACAGUUGUUUACAAGGUUUUUCAGACACUCCACGCUACAGGCCAGUCCUCAAUGGUAAGAGACUGGGUGCUGCUCUCCUUGUCAAACUUCACGCAGAGGACACCGGUGGCCAUGGCUAUGUGGAGCCUCUCCUGCUUCUUUGUCUCCGCUUCCACCUCGCAGUGGAUCUCGGCCUUACUUCCUCACGUCAUUAGCAGAAUGGGUUCAUGUGAAGUGGUUGAUGUCAACCUGUUCUGCUUGGUGGCCAUAGACUUCUAUCGGCACCAAAUUGACGAGGAGCUGGACCGCAGGGCCUUCCAGUCAGUCUUUGAGACAGUUGCAUCGCCUGGAAGUCCUUACUAUCAGUUGCUGGGGUCACUGCAAUCGAUACAUCAGGAUACGACUCUUUGACUCGGAUUUGGCUCUGUGGCAAACGAGAGUGGUGGCUUCUGCGAGAAACGUGGGCGGGGCACCGAGAGGCUGUGAGGGAAGGAAAGAUACGACAAAACCGCUGGUUUUGAGGCUAUACAUCAAACCUUAUAAUGAAAUUGGAGACGAUAUUAAGCGGUUCAGAAAAUGGCUGGAUUAGUGUAAGAAUGAGACACCCCAUCUCUCGCCAAACUGGUUUUGCCCACCAACUUUAACUAGCACCUUGAUUAAGGCAUAAUGAGAUAAGAAGAUUCAGCAACACUUACACCUACACUUUAAUUGUGCUAUGUGGGGACACCAUAGAAGCAACUCUACUAUAUUUUAAAUACCAUUGCAUCUAUUUUUCAGUAUGGUUUCCCCUGAAAGAGUGGUAAUAGCGGGAGCCUGCUUAUUGCCUUUAAAACAUUUUAUUCAAGAAAACAUUGUAGUCAAUUUACUAAGCACACAGAAACGUCAGUGUGUCUGAGCUAGAUCACUUAGUCAUACUCUCACUGUGGGGGGGGGAAAGAAGCUUUUACCUGUCAAGUUUUCAGUUAUGAGAAGAAGAAUGACAGUGUUUUUACGAUCACAUUAUCUGUGGGACAUUAGGAAAGACAUAACAAAAAUACCAAAUCGUUUUUUUUCCUUGAUCGUUUUGGUGAUACUGUACAUUUUGGGCUUUCUUUUUAAGUUGUAUCAAAGUUGCAGAUGGUCCCUACCAAUGCAUCGAAAUGAUUCCAUGUAUCCUCUUGUUCUUUAUAACACUCAGGAUGUAAAACAUGAUUGUUUAAAUAAGACUGGAAAUCAUCUUUAAAUGUUGUAUCUUGUAAAAAGCUAAAUAUUAUGAAAGCCAUUGUGCAUGAUAGUAUUGUACAAAGAUAAGGAGAGUUUUAAAGUAUCAGUAUGUUGUGAUGUGUGCUUUUUGUGCGUGCUUUUUUUAGGUAUAAUUUCAAAAUAUGAACGAUGAUGUGACCACAGAAUGCACAAAGUUCAAUGUCCAAUGAAGAGAUGCCUGGCACACUGCUGGGCUUUCAUACUGUGUACAUACACUUGCCUUAGAUAAGGAUUCUGUCCUGUACACGGAACGCUUGAAAGCAUGCUUAACAGCUACCUUCUUGCAUUAUUGCCCUUAGUCCGUUUCUAUGCCUACGGUUGCCACCACUGUUGCGUGGCAUUGGACGCAAUACAAUCCAAAGGCAGCCACGUAACCAUGGUGACAAACGGCAGCGUUGACAAAUCAAAGAAUUAUCGAUCAUGUCACAGUGCAGCAGGUAGUUUCCCCUCUUUGUGUUGAGGUAAUAGUUUGUCAAAAGUUGGUUCAAAGAAAUGGUUUUAUUCUUGCAGAAUAUAAAUUUACCAGCUCCUGUUAUUGAUGUCGGGGGAAAAAAAUACAACAUAAAAGUAAUAAGCAUCUAUAGUAAGCAAA